AUGAACCGCCUCAACUCCGCCAGCACCAGACCAUGGACACUAACCACACAAGAAUAUACGAAACAAUCAAUCAGCGCGAACAGGAGCUCAACCCGGAGCACCACCAACACAGACCACCAUCCAGUCGGGGGCCCUAAACGCACCUACCACAAGCACCACACCACACGAGAAAGACAAGUGGGAACCACUUCCAGACCACCCCCGACAGAAAUCACAACCCCGGAUACAAAGAGCAAAUAA